AAUUGGCGAGGCAGAGGCAAAAAGAACAGGUGGAUUUUAAUUCAGAUUUCUUGUAUUAUUUUGUUAUAAUCAGAAUACUUAUGCCGUUGAAGUUGUCAUCGUAAUUACCGUAUUCUUCUAAAUGAAAAUAUCACUAAUCAGAACAGCGAAGUAGAAAAUGAAACUUAUAACCCACAACAUGUUAACGUCGAAGUGCUUGAAAGGUGUUACAACCGGCUAUCCACUCGCUAUAAGCGCUACAGAUAUUAAGAUUACAGAAGUUGAUUUUAAUCCAGAGUUCGUGUCGCGUGUAUUACCAAAAUUGGAUUGGCAAGUGUUAUGGAACGCAGCUGAUAGUAUAGGGCACAGUGAAGGAUUACCAAAAACACUAGAAAAUACAGAAGGAGACCAAGAAUUUUUAAAGAAAGCUCAUCGAGUCUUACUAGAGGUUGAAGUGGAAGAAGGUCACCUUACUUGUCCAGAAUCAGGCAGACAAUUCCCAAUCACAAAAGGUAUCCCUAAUAUGCUGUUGACAGAAGCUGAAGUACAAUAAAUUAUAUUAAUAUUA